AGUAACUACGCCUGGAUAAUUUUGUUUUACGAUUGUACUUCGAUUAAUCAUGGCGUUGAAAACGAUCACUGUGUUUUGUGGUUCCAGCUCAGGAAGUGACCCAAGAUUCGAGGAGAGCGCGAGAGCUCUUGGUCUUUGCUUAGCGAAGAAUAAAAUCAAUCUCAUUUAUGGUGGCGGUUCUGUUGGGCUUAUGGGUACUGUGGCUAAAACUGUUGCUGAAGGUGGAUGUGAAGUUACUGGAUUUCUUCCUGAGUUCUUUGUUCAAAGAAAUCCUAAAGAUUUAGAAGGCAUCGGCAAGACAGUACUUGUUCAAGAUAUGCAUACAAGGAAGAGAGAGAUGUUAGAGCAGGCUGAUGCCUUGAUAGCUUUACCUGGGGGCUUUGGAACAUUUGAGGAAUUACUGGAAAUGAUCACAUGGUAUCAACUUGGACUUCAUGAUAAACCAAUAGGAUUGUUAAAUGUGGCCAAUUACUGGGGAAGUUUUUUGGAAUGGAUUCAGAAUGCAGUCAGGACAGGUUUUGUGUAUGGUGAGAACAAAGACAUUCUCUUAGUUGCUGAAGAUUGUGAUACACUUUUGACUAAGCUGCAAGAGCGUGCUUCCAGUGAAGAAAAAACUUUCAAAAAAUUACCUGCUAAAUAAGUUUGUAUGUUAUU